AUGGGAGAUCGUGGCCAUGGAAGAGGACGGGAACCAGCCACUCGCCCCAAGGAGCCGAGAGGCAGAGGAAGGACGGCUGCUAAGAGCAAUGAUGACCCGGGCAGAGCAAAGACACAAGUCGCUGGAAGGGCUCCGGGACAAAACAGCCCUAAGAAAGAGCCAGUGCAGAGAGGAGACCCCGGAGAGCGCACAGCGGUCCGAGCCAACACUACUGGAAGGAAGGGCAAGGACCAGCCCGACCACCGGCAGGGAAGACAGGACCAGCCCAACCCCCGGCAGGCAAGACAGGACCAGCCCGACCCCCGGCAGGCAAGACAGGACCAGCCAGUCCACAGGAGGAACAGUCUAAAACCCGUUUAUGAGAGGCUGAAACUGAAAAUGAAAGACAUCUCCAAUGCUGCAGACAAAGUCAAUGGCAUAGUAAAGGUCAUCAUCGAUAAGCUGUCAGAUAGAGAGCCUCUGUUCAAAGGGAUGGAGAGAAUGUCCACAGGGAGCUAUUAUGAAGGAAUGAAGAUUUCUAGGCCAAAUGAGUUUGAUAUCAUGUUGAAAAUACCAAUCUCUGACCAUCAAAGAAUUGGUUUGACAGAGUUUGGUGGGAGUGGCGCUUUCUAUACACUAUCCUGUAAGCGCUCUGUAGUAGACUACGGUAUGAAUAAGUAUGUAGACGAUCACGGAAACAUUUCAGCUAUAAAAAUUCUGACGCAGUUAAGAAAGCUUGUAAAUGAAGCGGUAUCUGGACGGCCAGUUUCUAUAAAGAGAAGAAACCCUUCCAGCCCUGCCUUGACUCUCAUAAUUGAGAAUAAGCCAACCAACAUAGAUGUGGAUCUCGUUAUUGCCCUAGAAAUCAGGCAGAGCUGGCCUGCAAACACAAAAGACGGGAUGAAUAUAGACAGCUGGCUUGGGAGAAAGGUGAAGAGAGAUUUCAAGUUUUUUCCAUUCUAUAUGGUACCUAAGAAAUGCAAUGACGGAAACACAACCAAUGAUACAUGGAGAAUUUCAUUUUCACAUAUUGAAAAAGAAAUCUUAACAAAUCAUGGGAGUUCCAAAACCUGUUGUGAAGCUGAUGGAGAAAAGUGUUGCAGAAAACAAUGCCUUAAGCUGCUGAAGCAUUUACUGGAACUACUUAAAAAUAAUGGAAAACAGCGAAGAAAACUGGAUAAAUUCUGUUCGUAUUAUGCAAAGACUGCCUUGCUUCACCACUGUGCACAAUAUCCUAAAGAUGAAGAUUGGAAACUGGAAGACCUAGAUGUGUGUUUUAACAGAUAUGUACAGUUUUUUCAGUUGUGUCUUAAAAAAGCAUGUCUACCAAAUUUCUUUAUACCGUCUCAUAAUCUCUUCAAUCUGGAGAGUGUUGAUUGCAACUUGCUUUAUGAUCAAAUAGAUGAUCAAAUAAAACACAAUUAUCCACUGUUUCACUUGUAGACCUGGACCCUGGCUCUUAACAAUGGACAG